AUGAAGCCCAUCGUCCAAAGAAGACGAUCUACCCCUUCUGCCAUUACUAAAGCUCUCAGCAAGUCAAAGUACCAUUACAGGGAAACUACCCUUUCCUCUUCCCAUUCAGACAAUGGGCUGGCAAGUGGAGUGUUCAGCAGCCCUGGCUCCACUUUCAUCCUGGACGAGCGAGUGCAGCUAACCGUGGGCUUGCAGACCCAGGAAAGACAUUUGAUCUUGUUCAGUGAUGUGCUGGUCAUCGCCAAAUCCAAAUCCUCCUCCAGCCUGAAGCUGAAAAAGCAGGUGCAUCUGAGUGAAGUGUGGACCGGCACCUGUCUGAGCGAAGUGACAGAGAAAAAGAUGAGUCCUGAGAAUUCUUUUGUCAUCGGCUGGCCUACCAUCAACUAUGUUGUCACCUUCAGCUCAGCUGACACGAAGGAACGAUGGCUGUCAGCAUUACUGUGGCAUAUCAAUGAGGUAAAACAGAACGAAUUUCUGAAGAAUCUCACCCUUCAGAUCUUUGUGCUGGAUGCUGACAACUGUUCUUCUAGUGCUGCAGUCAAUGUGUCCAAUAUGGAAACUGCAGAGAGUGUGAUGAAGAAGACCCUUCUACAGCUUGGACUUCCUGCCAGGACAAGUGAACACCACCUCUGGGUGAUCUCGGGAAAAGAUGAUCCCGCUUACCCUCUCAUUGGGCACGAGUAUCCUUUCAGCAUUGCACUGAACUGUCUCCGGGACUCUGCUGACCAGCAACAAGGAACCAACAAUAACACCCUCCUGGCUGAUGGGACAGAGACUUCCUUCUUUGAUCAGCUCCCGAAGGAAAAACAGUGUCAGUUUGUCCUGAAACCCAGGCUCCAAGCUCCAAUGCAGCUGAGGAGAGAGUCACUGCAGAAACACACCAAGAGGAAGAAGUCCUUGAUUGACUGGGCCCUGCGCCGCAGCACCAGCACCCCCACGGGCAGCCCUCCUUCACAGUCUCCUACCACCCCACGAAAGCUCUUUGGCCUGUCACUGUCCUCUGUUUGUCCUGAUGGGAUCCUUCCCAAGCCAAUCAUGGAUAUGCUGCUCCUGCUGUACCACAAAGGUCCCUCUACUAGGGGCAUUUUCAGACGUUCUGCCAAUGCAAAGACUUGCAAGGAGCUGAAAGAGAAGCUGAACUCUGGAGAUGAUGUCCAGGUGGAUGGAGAGUCAGUCUUUGUGGCUGCAGCUGUCAUCACGGAUUUUCUCCGAAAUAUACCUGACAGUGUUCUAUCCUCAGACAUGCACGGACUGUGGAUGGAAGCUGUGGACACGGAAAAUCGGGCACAUAAGAUUGAAGCUAUCAAAAGUCUGGUCAACCAGCUCCCAGAGGCCAACCUGAUCUUACUCAGACACCUCUUUGGGGUCCUCCAUCACAUUGAGCAGAAUUCCGGUGUGAAUCAGAUGAAUGCCUUUAACCUGGCUCUUUGCAUAGCGCCCAAUAUGCUGUGGCUACCAAGUCCCACUGGGCCUGAAGAGGAGAGCAGGUCUACAAAGAAGGUGGCUUUGUUAGUGCAGUUCCUGAUUGAAAACUCAGGAGAGAUUUUUGGAGGCGACAUUGCUUCCUUGUUUCAAAGACCAGACAAAAAGGAGGAAUCUCUGGGCAUAGGCUUGGCUCAGCAUGAUGAUUCCUCUGAUGAGCUGGAGUUUUCUGCUUGUGACCCAGAAGGACCAAAGGACCAUCAGGUGCCUGAAACAGAUGCCUUUUUUGAACCAUCCAGCAGCUUGUUACUCGACGAGGAUCAGGAAGACUGGGACUUGUUCAGUGAGAUCACAGCCUGCUACCAAAGCAAAGCCCGGAAGAACACCAGUGCAGACAGCUAUGACCUCCUGGAAGAGGAGGGUUCCUUCUGCUCCAUUGGCUCAAUCCGCUCACUCAGCCCGGCCAGGGACCGGUGCUCAUCAGAGCCCAGCGUCUGCCUCAGCUCCCAGCUCCCUGCUCAGAGCCACGAGCCAGUGGCCCGCCAGUCCAGCUGCGAUGCCACCCUCAUGCACAGCCACACAGACUACAUCCACAGGCUCAAGCAGCUGCAAGUGGAGAGCCAGAAGCUGAUCGAUGAAGGCCUAAGCCCUGGGGUUAACAAGGCCAGGCAGAACUCGUGGCAGUCACCUCAGGCCAGCUCUAGGGUGAAGCAGCUCAGCCUUCAAAAAUCCAGCCUGUCCAACAGGUCCAGCUUCUCCAGCCUGUCCUCUACCACCACCUCCCCAUCUGCCUCCUCACUCAGCUCCUUGGACAGUGCUUUCUCCUACUGCUCGGAGUCAUCAGCCAUUAGUCCCACAGACGUCUCCUCCCUGCCAUUCAUGUUUGGCACGUCUGCCAGGCUCCACGCUGUAUCCCCCAAGAUUGCCAGAAAGUGGCAGAAGUCCUUCACGUCUCCUGUGCCUUUACAUCCGUGUGACCUGGAUAGUUCCCGUUCCGUGUGCCUGGAUAGUUCCCGUGAGAAUGACCCCAAGCCUGUAGAGAGCAGUCAUUGCUUUGGAGAGAGGAAAAGUUUUCCGCCUGUCAGCAGAGCUGCCGUGGGAAGCACGCUAGCUGACGUUGACUGGGAAGGAGAGGAGAGACAGCUGAGUUGUCUGGGGGUCCGUGGCCCAGAGCUCAGGAGCCAGGAUUAUGCCAAGGAGUUUGAACAAGUUCCUGAGCUCCCGGCUGCCAGCCCAGCCAGUGAGAAAUCCCCACAGGUCAGCCACCAGCAGCACAAGAAGAAGGGAGUGAAGAACAUAGAAAUCAAAAGUGUUGAUGCUUGCCCUCCAAGCCAGGACAGCCUGAAGCGCACCAAGAUAAGUUUUUACAUGUCCCCAUAUAACGAAAGCUCCUGGGGGUCUCCAGUGGAAGGGGAAGAGGAGAGAUCCGUGGCAAACACCAGCAGCAGCAGCUCACCCAGCAGCAGCAGUGUGCAAAGCCCGACCAAGAGCCUUCAGACUGUGAGAGUCCAUAUCCCCCAGACAGUUUUCUACGGGCAGAACACCCCCCUUGUCCUGCAGUCCAUCUCCAGGCGCUACCGCCAUGAACCCGUGAUCCCAUGCCCACAGGCAGAGCACGAAGAGAGCCCCCAAAGUGCCUCAACUCCCGAGGAGCUGGAGAGCAAGCCAGUGGAAACGGCGCAGGCGCCAACCGAGAGCAAGGGCUUCGGCACGUUCAGCCACACCAUCCGUAUCUUCCUCCCCGCCUCCAUUCGCAACACCGUCAGGGAGUAUUUCAAGCACGAUGAAACCAAGAGCUGUCCCCCAGCAGAGGUGGAGGCGGUGGAGAAUGAACUGCUUCGCGGUAGGGUGGAGUGGCUCAGGAGCCAGCCACUGGCAGAGGUGGUCACAGAGGAGCGUGAUGCAGUGGCGUUUGCAGAAGAGACAUUUGUCUAG